UCUUUUCUCUACGCGUCCUCUUCCAUCCUCCCCUCUCCCUCCCUUGUCUCUCUUCUAGCAGAGUGUUAUUCGUAUUCAUUCACUUCUAUCCAUAUCCCCCCAUUCCCAAUCAUUCCCCCCCUUGGGAUUGGACACUUACCUGCAUAGAAAAUUGAGAGAUUCAGCCAUGAAAGGUGAUUAUGUGGAGCAGCACGCCAAGCAAGAGACUCCCAAUAUGUUCUCCAAGCUUCACCACCACCCUUUCCCCCACCACCCCUUCCAGCUCUCUCGCGACCCCCAAACCUCCGAGGAAGAUGACACCCGCAGCGCCACCGCCGCCCACACCCCCAACCACCCUCAAAAGCCCCUCUCCGUCGAGCCCUCCUCUGCCGCCGAUGGCUCCAGCAUUGAGGUCGUCAGGCGCCCCAGGGGCCGCCCGCCUGGCUCCAAAAACAAGCCCAAGCCCCCCGUCAUCAUUACCCGUGACCCCGAGCCUACCAUGAGUUCCUUCAUUCUCGAGGUCCCCGGCGGGACGGACGUCGUCGAAGCGAUUGCUCGCUUCUGUCGCCGCAAGAACACUGGCCUCUGCGUGUUAACGGGAUCGGGGACCGUAGCUAACGUCACCCUCCGCCAGCCCUCCACCACCCCGGGGGCUACCGUUACUUUUCACGGCCGUUUCGACAUCUUAUCCAUAUCUGCCACCUUUCUGGCCAACCAGCAAUCGGGUGCUUUGCCGGCGGUCCCCAACAGCUUCACCAUAUCGCUGGCCGGCCCGCAGGGUCAGAUCGUCGGAGGAUUGGUCGCCGGCAAUUUGUUGGCGGCGGGAACUGUGUUCGUCAUAGCCGCUUCCUUCAACAACCCGUCCUAUCACAGGUUACCGGCUGAGGAGGACGUCAGGAACUCCGUCUCGGGCGGCGGCGGAGAGGGGCAGUCCCCGCCGGUGUCCGGAGGUGGUGGGGAGAGCGGUCACGCGCCCGGCGAUUCGUGUGGGAUGUCCAUGUACAGCUGUCAACUACCGUCCGAUGUGAUCUGGGCUCCAACUGCAAGGCCACCGCCGCCAUACUGAUAUCGUGUACUUGUCUCGCACUUCUCAGUAACCUUGCGGCCAUUGUGAAUUGAAAGUUAGAUGUUACUGUUCCUUUGUUUCUUGUCUGGUUAAACUUUGAUGUCGCUGUUGAGUUCAUUAGCAUUCUAGUUUCGAACGGAAACAGUGUAGACAGUAUCAGUAGGAGCAGCUAGUUUUCGCUUCAUAUUCUUUUUAGAACCGAGUAUUGUUGAUCUCCGAGGAAGAAUCCAACCAAGCUGCAGUAUGUGCUCAAAAUUUCCUCAUUUCUGUUACUAAAAUGGCCACUAGUACUAUAUCGUUA